GGCUAAAGGUUUUACAGAACAUUUCUUUUUUCCUUUUAGCCAAAUGCCAGUGAGGCAUCGCGCAUUGGAAGUGUGCAGGUUGCCAAAUUGUACAACCCGCUUGGAGGUUUGCAGGAAAAUAUCAGAGAGGCAUGGUCCAAGGAACAGAAAGGGGAGAAAGGCAUUAACAAUUUGACCUACAUCGAAAGGUUGAAGGAGCGUGCAAAGAAAGUUAAAAUACCAGAGCUCAGGAAAGCCCCACAGACCACUGCAGAUCUUGUGCCUGAGAGGAAGAGAACGAUGCCCAUGAACCCUGCAAAAUUCUUCCCAAGACCUUGCAGUACCCUUUCUCAAUGCCCAAUCAGAGACAGGGUGAUUCAUUUACUGGCUCUGAAGAAUUACAAGAAGCCAGAGCUACUAGCCCGCUUGCAGAGAGAGGGAGUUGUGGAAAAGGACAAGGAAUCCCUUGGAAAGAUCCUUCAGGAGGUAGCCAACCUGGAUGCCAAUGAGAAUUCUUUCAGUCUGAAGGAACAUUUCUUUAAAGACAUUCAGGAAGAUUGGCCUGGCUACAGUGAGAGUGAUAGACAGAUGUUGGAGGUGAACCUUUUCCAAAAAACUGCUCCAUCUCAGAGUGCCAUGAGCAGCAGCCAAGCAUCAUCUCUGGGACCCUCUGUGAGAGAUACUCCACUGAGGACUGCUCAGAAACGCCCUCUGGCUUCUGAUUUAAACAGUCCUGUGAUAAGCAAGAAGCAGAGGGUCAACCAACAGCACAGUGAUGUCCAGCCAGCAGCUGGUGGCCACUCUCCUUCACUCUUGCUCCUUCCUUCCACAUCCUGUUCAGCUUUGAACCUGCCUCCAACUGUCAGCUCCAUUUCCACCUGCACCCCUCGGGUACAAGAAAAAGAUAAAAUUCAGACUCCUUCUGGAGUCCCAGUGCCUGCCAGGGUGCAGGGGAAGACUUCCAAGUCCAAAGGAGAAAAAGCAGAGGUCAGAGGAGGCCAAGGAAACAAUUCAGGUUCUGUGCCACAGAAGAAGAGGAUGAUGCCUGUGAGACUUGCAGACAUUGACUGGAGUGGUUGUGCUGCUGUUUAUGGCCAACCCUACAGGGACAGGGUGAUUCAUUUACUUGCUCUGAGGGACUACAAGGAGCCAGAGUUACUUGCCCGCCUGCAGAAAGAUGGAGUCAGGCAAAAGGACAAGGAUUCCCUUGGAAAGAUCCUUCAGCAGAAAAUCAGCUCCAUCUCAGACCCCCACCAGCACCACCACCCAAGUGACAUCUCCAGGGCCUUCUGAGAGAGAUGCUCCAGCAAAAUCUGCUCAGGUAUUUGGUGCAUUUUUAACAUUCCCUACUGUGUAUUAAGGUUUAGCUCUCUGCUGAUAUUGUAAAGGCUGUGAUGUGAAUGUGCAGGACCAGGCCAAAGCAUUCUCUGCCUCAGGCACUCUGACUGCUUUGUCAGGAAGACUGUGAUCAGAAGA